AUUACCUUGAAAGAUUAAUGUUUUUGAUAAAUAUUUGGCUAUAUGUUUAUCAAUAGCAUUCAUGGCUCGUUCGGCGAGAAAUCGUAAACAAAUUGAUAUUUGAAUGACGAACUGAUUUAACUGAUGGAUGUAAGCGUUCGAUUUUCUUCGACGUCUAAUAGAAUUGAAUUACGGAUUGCGCAACAAAAAUUUUGUCAUAUAGACUGGGGUGUGCGUGAAGACGAAAGCUAAAAGAUUCUCGAAAGUACGCGAACAAUUUGGAAGAUGACAAAAAGUAACAUAAAAAUAAUUGAGAACGAGGCGGCAGCAGUAGCGUCGGCCGUCGCGCGAACAAUCGACACACACACACACACUCGUCGCCCCUAGAGCCUCUGGAGCACCCACCACCACCAUCCGAUAUACCACUACCACAUAUAGUAUACCGGCAUCUUUGUCAAGUGGCCUACGUGUAAAUGCGUGCAAUAUCAUUGUGCCAUUAGAUAGAGACACAACGUCGCAAAACGCCGCAACUCUUUGUUUACAAGCUCGACACCGACUGUGAGACCGAACAAAAAGAACAAAUCGUGAUCGUGAUACAGACGUGAGAAUUACGUUUGCAUUUGACCUGUUUUCUAAUUUUCAGUUUCCAAAAUGUCUUUACCAUUGAGCACUGAGCAUAUUGCUCAACUGAAAGCUUUUAUUGAACUAGUGGACAAGCAACCAUCAGUUAUUCACCAUCCACAGCUGGCCUUUUUUAAAAAUUUCCUUGUCAAAUUAGGAGCUAAAAUUACAUCAGAAACCACAGACAAACCAAAAAGUGAAACUUUCACUAAACCAGCUGAAGAACCUGCAGAAGAGCCAGAACCAGUAAGCGAAGAAAGCGAUGUAGAAUUAGACAUGACUGGAGUAAUAGAACCUGAUAACGAUGAUCCUCAACCCAUGGGCGACUAUGAUUUACAGCCCACAGAUGAACAAAUUGAAGAAUCACAUAGCAAGCGAUCCGAAGCUGUUUCUGCUUUUGUUGAAAAAGAUUAUGAAAAGGCAAUAAAACUUUAUACAGAAGCAAUUCAACUCAAUCCACAAGCAUCUCUUUUAUAUGCUAAGAGAGGACAAGCUUACAUUUUACUUAAUAAACCAAAUGCUUGCAUCCGUGAUUGUGACCGUGCUUUAGAAUUGAACCCAGAUAGUGCAGCUGCUCAUAAGUUCCGUGGAAGAGCUAAUCAACUUUUAGGAAAAUGGGAAGAAGCAGCAAGUGACCUUAGGCUAGCAUGCAAAUUUGACUUUGAUGAGCAAGCUGAUGCAUGGCUCAAAGAAGUUACUCCUAAUGCUCGUAAAAUUGAAGAACACAAGCGUAAAAAAGAACGCAAAGCUUUAGAGCGCGAAGAAAAAGCUAGACGUGAGCGCAUACGGUUAAUGCGCGAAGCUCAAGCAAAGGCAAGUGAAGAAGCGAAACAGCGACAGCAAGCGGCAGGAGCAGAUGCUCAAUUCGAAGGCAUGCCUGGUGCCGCUGGACAAUUCGGUCAGUUCUUAAACGAUCCAGAAAUUCAGAAAGCUUUCCAGGAUCCUGAAGUUGCUGCAGCCUUCAAAGACAUUUCAUCAAAUCCUUCGAACUUAUUCAAGUACCAAAGCAAUCCCAAAAUCAUGUCAUUGAUUAAUAAGAUCUCAAGCAAAUUUGACAUGGGCGGAAUGGGAGGAAUGGGUGGAAUGCCUGGUAUGGGCGGAAUGGGUGGAAUGCCUGGUAUGGGCGGAAUGGGAGGAAUGCCUGGUAUGGGUGGAAUGGGAGGUAUGGGAGGAAUGCCCGGUUUUCCAGGUGCGGGUGCAGAUGCAGGUCCUAAGGCUCCACCAAAAUCCAAUAACUUUGAAGACUUCAAUCUUGAUUAAAUCGUUAAAAAUAUGCUGCAGAAUAAAAUAUAACUUUUUACAAGAGUAAUUCAUAAAAUUUACUGAUUUUAAUACUUAUUGAUCGUAAUAAUUUUGUUUAGAGACAGUUUUUAAUAUUAACAAGUUGCAUGUAAAUAAGGCACAUUGUAAUGUAUUGAUGAAUUCGUCAUCUUAAUUUUCGUCGAUUGUUAUUUUUACUCAGAGUGAACCGCUUUGCUUAAAAUAAUAUUUACACUCCAUACUUAUAUUUCGUGAUGUUUUCUAGAGCAAGCUGUAAUGUAAAUUCGAGUUAUAACAAUCUUCAUGUGAAGCCAUUAAAUUUUAAUCAAGAAUCUA